UACGGGCAUUAGUAUAAUAAUCACUGGGGAUUGGUCAGCCCUGUCGCUAAACAACCAGUGGAACUGUGUGACAUUCAGUAACAGCAGGAGGAAGACACCCUAGUACUUCAGUAUUACUACUCACUGUGCAUCGUUAACAAUGCUAUUUUCUCAAUCGGUUUUGUAAUCAAAUAAUGACGGGUUUUAGCAUUUGUGCACCUUAAAUGUUUCUUGUUGCAGUUGCACAAUGUCUGCCUUGAAGAUGGACGACGAGCAGAGUCUGAAUGUGUACAUGCAGGAGUUCCGUACAAGAUUCAUCAACAAGAGCAGCGACGAGAUGACGAGUCAGGCACUGAAGGAGUCCUACAAAGAGUCCGCAGCAACAGAUGCCUGGUUCAAGAAAUAUAGAGACGGAGAAUUAAUGAUAGAAAAAGUACUGGAGUUCAGGAAUGAAAUCACUUUGCAGAACAAGCGCAUUGAAGAAAAGCAAAAGAACAUUUUACAAGAAGCUGCCAAACAGGAUGAUCACGAGCAGCUAAAGGGAGAACUGACGGAGCGGAUCCAGAGGUUAAGGGAAGAGCUCAAUCAAAAAAGAGAAGUGGCCUUGGCUAACAGAAAAGCCAACAAGGAAAGAAUAAAGGAACUGCAGAAAUCUGCAACUUUGUUCAAGGAGCGUCUGGGACUGGAGAUCCGCAAACUAAGAGGUGAUAAGCUACAGUUUGUCUUCAGAUGUAUUAACCCGAAAGACCUUGAUCAGCCAUAUUCCUGCAUUAUUUCUUUAAAUGCAGAAGGAGAUUAUGAAGUCGCAGGGUGUGAUCCACCUUUGGAAUGCAUUGCUGAAUUUCAAGAGAAAAUCAGAGAGACCAGGAACUUCUCCGCUUUACUUGCCAACUUAAGGAAGAGCUUCACUGCUUUAGGCUCUCAAGUGAAAUAAGUUCUGCUUUUAUAAUGUAGCUCUUAAUGUGUAUUUCCAUAUAUGUUCGAGUGAUUAGUGGGAAUAUAAUAGUAGCCCAGCAAAUUUAUCCGAGACAGAAACCUGCACAAGCUCCUCUUGCUCCACUGAGUGUUUUAUAUCUUUUUAUAUCUUAUCUUCUUGCAUUUUAAAUCCCAUUAUUUAAACCUACAAUAGAAACCCUUCCCCCAGUAAUAAAAUACUUAUUUUUGAAAAUAAAA